UAUCACUUUAGUUUUCAGUAAUAGUUAUUCAUAAUUUGGUCAAAUUUGAAUAAGGUUUAAUUAUGACCUCUUUGGUUUUCAAAUGGCGUCUUGUUUACACUAAAGUGUCAAAACAUAUUUGAGUCCUUCAAAGUAGUUUUGUAAAAGAACCUUCCCGUUUCACAACUGAAUAGUGUUGAAUUAUUUUUAGACAUUUUAAGUGUUAUCAUUUUUUGGAGUUCUUACAGUUUACAAGGACAACAUGGAUUGCAGUAAAACGUUGGAAUUAAAUUUGAGUCUUCUGUUUGAAGAAAACAGAAUAUGCAUGCUGAAAGUAAGUUGCUUAGAAGAUCUCCACUGCUUCAUAUCUGAACGUUGCAACUUGUCUCCUGAUAAAUAUUUUCUUAAAAAGUGUGGAAGACCAAUCUAUUGCUAUGAAAAUUUAGAAGGUACCAUCCAUGUUGUUCCUAGAUUAUGUGGUGGUAAAGGUGGAUUUGGUUCUAUGCUAAGAGCUAUUGGUGCUCAAAUUGAGAAAACCACAAACAGAGAAGCCUGUAGAGAUUUAAGUGGAAGAAGACUAAGGGAUAUUAAUGAAGAACAAAGACUUAAGAAAUGGAUUUCUCAACAGAGUGAAAGGGAAAAAGAAGCCGAGGAACGAAAAAAGAGAAAACUGGCUAAAUUAUCUGCUGAGCCAAAAUUUGAGUUUAACGACAAAAGUUAUGAACAUGAACGAUCUGACUUGGUUGAGAAACUUAGUGAUUCCGUUGAGCAGGGAUUGAUAGCAGCAACAUCAAAGAAGAGGCCUGUUGAAAAUGAAGACGUACCCUUGAAAAAGAGGAAGACAAUAUUAGACUUUGAUGAAGACCUAAGCUCAACUGAUGAUGACUCUUCAAGUGAUGAAUCUAAAGAAGAGAUCAAGCAAAUACAUCAAAUUACAAAGAAAGAAGCCAAAGAAAUACUUGAAGAUUUAGAAAAUAAUACUAAGAAGAUCAGUGAAUCUAUUGAGAAAGAAACUGAAGAAGUCUGUGAAUAUGCUAAUGAAAUAAUUAGAGUUGCUGUAGAAGAGACACAAGAAAUCUGUAAAGUUGCUGAAGAAAGAACUAAGGAAUUCUGUAAAGUUGACAUCAACAAUAGCUGAUGUUACUUCUGAUUAAACUUGUACUAUCAUGAAGUUUGUCUUAUCUUCCCUUUCAAUGAUUUAUCUUAUCAUGAACCUAAGUUACUAUUCAUAAGCAAUUGUAUCAGUUCAUAAUUGUUAGGUUGUUGAAGUGUGUUUAUAAGUUCAUUAAAACUUAAUAAUGUACUGUAAAUUAUUAUUUCUGGCACUAAUUUAUAGUAGUUUUAUAAGUGUUUUAGCCAUUAGCAAAGCCUCCUCUGUUAUUUAUGGUGGUUCUUAUAAGUUAUCUUCUACUUUGGAACUCUCUGAUAGUGAUUCGAAUCCAGUUGGUUAUCAGAUAACAGCUGCUGCUAAAAUUCAACAGAUAAAUCCUCAACUACUUUUAGUAAAAUUAGAAGGAAUUAAAUUACAUUUUGCAACCAAAAAGUUACCCAAUGCCAAUUUUAAAGAAUCCAAAUCAACUCUAGAUUCCAUUGAAAGUACGCCCUUCUUUGUUGAAAUUUCAGAUGGUAUUGUAAAACACUUGUACAGUUCAUCUGAUGAUGAUCCAUCCAUUUUAAGUAUUAAAAAAGGAUUAGCCAGUCUUUUACAGUUUCAGACUAAAUCAUCUGAAGGUCGAGAAAACGAUUUAAGUGGAACGUGUGAUGUGAAGUAUGAAGUAAUUGAUAAUUUACAAGUGAAUAAAUUAAAAAGCAAUUGUCAAACUGCUAAGGAAAGCAAUCUUUGGGGAGGAAAUGUUGUCUCGAGUAGAAGCAGCGAAAUUAAUCUUGAGAGUGGAAAUAAGUUGUUGUCAGUUGUUUCCAAAGAAGAACAUGUUCUUAAACCGUCCCUUUCGGAUUUUGACAUUCACAUUUUAUCAAAAAUGGAACUCAUUUAUGAAGCAGAUUAUGCUUCUAAAAAUUCUCUUGGAAAUGAUAUCAACAAGGUAAUAUCAAAUGCAGAAAAGGAAUUCGGCCAUAAGUAUACAGCCCACAAUUUAAGUCCUGAAGUUUCCAAUACUAAACAGAAAAAAAUUACUAACAAGUUUUCAGGUGUAGUGAAAGAUAACCUCAAAGCUUUGAACGAAAAAGAAUUUGGAACCAAAACAUCAGCCAUAGCUGCUUUGAAUAUUUUGUCUGCUGCUAAAGAAGCUUCUUAUGAUGAUAUUUACAAAACUUUGAAAUCAAAAAGUAGCAAAAAAAUUAGAGGACAGUUAGUUGACAUCCUUGGUGGAGUACAAACUGAAGAAAGUCAUAAAGCAGCCAUGAAAUUUUUGAAUUUAACAUCUGAUAAUUACAAUUUAGACCUCUGUGAGCGGUAUUUAUGGGCAUUGUCAAUAUCGCCUGCAUAUGAAAAAACCAUUAUUCAAGAUCUGCUACAAUUAUCACAAAAAGAGAUUUCUGACCUAAAAUUAUAUGAAACUUUAAUACAGACUGUUUCAUCUAUGAUAAGAAAAUAUUCUGAAAAUACAAAAGAUAAUGAGCUUCUUGAGAAGGCGAUUGAAUUAUUUAGUGAGAAACUUAAAAAUUGUAAAAAAGAUGACGAUGUAUGCCAUAGAAUAUAUUUGAAAUCUUUUAAAAAUGUUGCUUCUCCGAGGGCUUUGAACUUCAUUUUAGAAUAUGCUUUGAAUGGCUCUCCCAGUGUGGGAAUGCGCGCUAUGAGAGCACUUUGGAGCUUGGGUAAAAAUUCUUGGAAUGAAGAAGUAAUUAAAACUUGUGAAAGAAUUCUACUCACAAAUGGCUCCUAUGAUAGUAGUGCAAAAACAAUAGCUCUGGAUAUUCUAUUAGAAUCAAAUCCAACCGAUUUGGUUCUUGCUAAAAUUUUAAGCGUCCUGCGACAAAAGGGAAAUUUGAAAGAAACGAAGGAAUACUUAUUACAGAGAUUAGUACAAAUUUCAGAAAAAAACAAGUCAUUUGAGAAGCAGGUGAAAUCUAUUCUAUCCUCAGAAGGUUUGAACCAUUAUAAUUAUCUUGCCCAAGGAGGUUUGUCGACAGCAUUUGAGCGGAGAUUUAUGGAACAAGGUUUCCUGUCCACUACCCAGGAAGUGAUGUCUGGAAUUUUGAAACAAGGAUAUGUCCAUGUUAAUUUGGAGGACAAUGAUACCGUUCACACUGUGUUUACGUUGGGAUUGUUUUCAAAUGGGCUUGGUUCAUUCAUUUCUUCUGAUGAUGCUUCCGGAGACAGUGAUGUAGUCAAUGCUGGCCUUGAGCUUACAGUGAAUGGUGUAGAGUUCAGACCGUUUGUAUUUUUUGAAGGAAACGGUGAAUUGAUGGGGCAUGUAUUUUCUGGAACUGGUUCUACUCUCACUCCAGCUUAUCAGGCUGUUUUGCUUUUGGAAGACGACCUUGUCAAGAUCCCCUUGGCUAUUGGUCAAAUUGUAGACAUCAGAUUUUCUUCGGUUGCAUCGGUUGAUCUAUCAGGAAAGAUAGAAAUAAGUCUAUGGGGUAGAACUGCUGAUUCAUUAGUGCAGAAUAGGGCUGGCAUAAUUAAACGAGUAGGAGCAACGGUAGCGUCACCAUUUAUUCGAUGUGAAAUCGAACAUGACAUUACUGCCGAACCCCAGCUCAGCUUGACAUCUUAUACAGAAUUUUACGAUAAAAUGGCACUUUGUUUGCAGCUACAGCAACCUGAAACUGUGGUUGAGUAUACUUCAAAUAAGCAUGAAAGUAUUUUGGGCACAAAGCAGAAGGUAAAGAAGUCCAGAUCAACAAAAACUAAGGUUCCUGGAAAGUCGUACGCACUUAAUUCUAAAAAUAAUGAAAUGUGUAAUGUAUUGCAUCCAUCAUCUUGAAAGUGAUAUUUGAAGAAAUAUCAAUAUUUAUACCUGAUGAAUAAUUUAGAAAAUUUGCAUUUGUUGUGAACUUAACAUUCCUUAGAGAGGUAUAAGUAAAUUUAUCUGGUAGUAAGUUAUUAUUUACUAGAGAAAAUAGGACACUUUACUGGAAUAAUAAAAUUUCCUAAUAUUUUUCUAAAAAUACUAUAGUAUAGUAUCGAUUACCUUAUACAAAUAGUAUUACAGAAAUAUAUCAUACCUACUAUAAUUAUGCUUAAGGUGAAGGGAUGUAAUUUAUUGAAAAUUCUUGAGACUAUCCUUAAUAGCACUCAGUAUUUUUUUUAUAUUUACUAUAACAGAUAAAAAAUUAUCUUACUGAAAAAUUAUUCCUUUGCACACUAAAAUUAAAUUGUGUAUCUAAAAAAAAAUUGUAUUAAUUAAUGAUGAAUUAAUCAUUAAGUGGGGUUCUACUGUUUAAGCAGUGCGAUAAAAAAUAUUCCAGGAAAACAAAUAAGAACUUUGUUUUUAUUAUAUAAUUAAAUAAGAAAUCAACUUAAGCUUUAAAACUUAUUACAAUUUUUUUUUUUUUUAGUAAAUUAUUUUUAAAAUAAUCGAUGCUCUACUAUAUUGUAUACUUGAUAUUAUGAUUAAAGUUUAAGUGAACUUAUUAAAUUUACUUAGGUUUAGUUUAUGAUUUCAUCAAAACUAGUAUUUAUCUGUUAAUUGUUUAUAAGUUAUUAUGUGGCCUAAGUAAAAUCUAUGAAUUUUAAAUGUUAUUAUAGUUAUUGUUGGAAAAUAUUAUUUAUACUGUAUAUAUGAACCGUUCAAUGUAAAAAUGGUUUAAGUCAAAAUCUGAAGCUUUGAGAUAAUUAAAACUUUAGAGUAAGUUAUACAAAGUCAGGUAUUUAUUGGUAAGGAAUAACAGCAUAAUUUCUCCCUUGGGUCAGUCUCAAGUAUAUCCAACUAUUUGAAGGAAUGAGGUCUAUACAUUCAAUAAUUAAUUAAUCUUUGAUCAUGACAAUGGCUUAAACCACUUUAGCAUUUAAAUGGCUCAUUUGUUGGCCUAAUAUAAAAGUAUAUUUUAUUUUUAUAACUAUUUUCUUUUUUAAUACUGCCAAAAAUAUGCUAAAUAGUGUAGGGUCCACUUUGAAAUGUAUCUAAAAAAUAUUUUUAGUUUUUGUUAAAAUUCUUGAAUAUAUUUCUUUAUUUAGAAGGUAAUAAAUUCCGUAUAUCCGUAAUGAGAUUAUGACCGCUGUGAAUAUGUAUAUUAAAAUUUUAGCACAAUCAAUAUAGAUAUAUUCGUGUGAUCUCUUGACAUAAUUAAUAUUUUAUUAUAACUAAUUUAUUCUGUAAUAUGAAAUUGCAUUGUUUGUCAAUGAUAUUUUUUCAUUGUAAUUAAAUUUUCUAUGACAAACAAUCUAUCUAAAGCUUUUCAAUACUUUUUUUAAGCCUAAUUUAAAUUGUUAGCUCUUAAGAAAAAAAUAUUAUAGCAUGGUAGAGAUUUUUUUUAUGUCAGAUAUUAAUAUUUAAUCUCUUAUUUACCUCUAUCCAGUUGCUAAUCUUUUAAGUACCUUAUCCUGUUAUUGUUUAUAAUAACUCUUUUGUUCAGAAUAAUUUCAGCAAUAUUUUCUUUAAAGGUUUCUUCCUCUGCUGAUGUCUGAGAUAUAUUUUGAUAGAAAAAUUCAUAAUACAUCAAUUAAAAAAAAAAUCAUACAAGUAGUACAAUUUAAAAAGAGGUUUAAGGGCUCUUACCAUAUACUUACACUAAACCAUUGCUUUAACCCUAAUACACUUAUAUUCAAAAACUCACUUAUUUUUUCUUACAUAAUUUUAAUAUUAGGUGUACUUUUUAUUUGUAAUGCAUGCAUACAUUCCUUAAGUUUAUUUUGUUCUAAUCAAAUGCCUUAGAUAUUAAAUUCCACAAUCGUCCUUAAACAUAUCAGUACUAAUGUUACAAUUCUAAUAAUAUAUAUUGUAGUACAAAUUUUUUGGUAAUGUCUGUUUAAUAAAUAUUUUGUAAAUGAAAUCAGGAUAUUGAAUGUAUGUUAAACAUAUUCUUGUAAACUAUUAUAGCAUUGAUUUUAUGAUUUUAAAAUCGCUCAAUGUUUUAUUGUUGAAUGGGAAGUGUGUUGGUUUUUUUUUUUUCCUUGUUCAAGACUGGGUUUACUAUUUUUUUGUGAUACAUUUAAUAAAUAUAGUCUUAAGUUAUAAUUAGUUCUGAAAAUAAUGCAAUUAUGUGUGUUGAACAGAAAAAUAUUUAUAAUAAAUAAAUAUUUUUAUAAAAAAGUUA